CGAUUAUCAGAUGGCGUGUAAUACCUACUUAUAGGCUCAUACGAGGCUAACAGGUAAUGAGGCUCCAUCUCCGAAACCGUUAGAGAGAGCUCCAGAGCGUACAGAUUCCAUGUCGAGCGGUACCUACCUACCAAGCCGCCCUCCAGUGGCCAGAUCUUCUCGAGUGGCUCCGUGUUGAGGAUAAGGGGGAUCGGCUCGGUUCUUAGUCGACGACUCUAUACUGCUGACCAAGUGAAGGGGCCCGGGUCCUGCUUAUCGAUGCCACAGCAUCUACUGGCUGUCGUUCCUCCGAUUAUUCCACGAUGGCACCCGAGAUGCGUCAAGUCAUCGCGUAGCGGGGAAUCGCCCCAUUGACGUCUCUCCGUAUCGCGCGUCCCUGCAGCUCGCAGAAUCCGCACACGGAAAGGGGCCGUCCAGACGGCCAGUGGUAGGCCAUGUCUGCGGUUGGAGUUGAUGUGGCCCCGAGACGGGUCGUGUUCGUGUAUGUAGGUAUGUAUGAGUAAAUGCGGCUGCUCUUACAUCGCGGUCCCCACCGCGGCCGUAGGUGUGGGAUACGACGGGUUGACCAGAGUUUUUCUUCUCUGUUUCUCCUCUCGAUGGGUGUAUUUUUUUCUGUUCCUCAACUGCAUGCUGCAUGUGCGAUAUGCACUGCAUCGCUCAUGGGACCACGGCUCCUACCUGACCUUAGGCAUGUUAAGUGCCCAGGUUCUCGAAUGCUACAUGUAACGCGAUGGACGGAAUGGGUCGCGAGACGCCCACUAGCGCUUGGGUUGCCUCUUGGUUGGUUGGGUUCGACAUCCCGACCUGGACUUCCCACCACUUAUCCUAUUUACAAGCUUUCCUUGCCGAUGCCUGACGAGGUGCAUGAUGCGGCAAUCACUUGAUCACCCGUGUUUCGGCAGAUCCCACACCAUUCCUCCCCUCUGUGUCAUUGUAGAGAGCUACCGUAACGAUUCAACGAAGACAUGAGGCACGCACGGGGUGGUCGGAUACCGAGGUACCUACCUAAGGCAUAUGUACGUACAAUCUGGAGAAGGUGGUUACGAGCGACGGUGGCUGGAGAAUGACGAAAGGAAGAGCGGCAAGUUACGGGAUUGCGGAUCACGGAGAGGCCGUCUCCCGCCUGUCACCUGUCCCCUCCCUCCCCCUGGGGUAUCCUCACCUACCAUCGCGGCACAGAGUCCGGCAUAGAGGGGUAGAGAAAGUAUAUUGGAGAUUGCAGUCGACUCCGCGCAGACGCCUCUCCCUACGGCGGAAACGACGGAACCGAUCCAUGGAUCCGUGAAGUUUGUUAGGCGGUGGGCAUUUGCCUCUCCCUCACCGUUUUAGGACCAUUCCCCGCCGCUUAAACGGCGCAACCAAAAAAAAAAAAGAAAAUAAAAGAGGAGAAAAAAAACUGUGGCGGGGGACGUGUUAGGAAGUCGGGUGUUUCUCCCCUAGGAGGA